UUGGCAGCGCAUAUCUACAAUCAACUCCAUCGACAAGGUUAUUGCCGUAAUUAUGAAUACAAGCGCCAACAAUGACGCACAAAUUACGAUUUUAAACGUAACCAACUUGAAUGCGAUUGGGACUGUUAUUGUCGUCAUGUUGCAAGCGUGAAUGUCAAACUUAUGUAAAUCAGUUGUCAGUUUUGGUCAAAUUCGGAGCCGAGAGUGGAAGUAGUUUUAAUAAAUUUGUAGAAUAACCGGGUGGUGUACACCCUCCUCUUGAUGGUAGGUGUUUUUUUUCACUUCUUAUAACCAAAAAAAUCACAAUGCCCCAAAAACGUCUCGCGGGCAUCAACCCCAAAACAAACGGUUACGUUGCCCGUAAAAGAAAACCGAAAUUGACGAGAAAGUCAGUACUGAAAAUGUUGGCGGUAAUGGAGGCGUCCCGGAAUAACAAUCCUCCGGUUCCCAAGGACGAAUCAACUCCUCCAACCCCGAAUUCGGAGGAUGCCAGACCUCAGGAUUUUUUACAAUCAGGAAGAACGGGAAGACGAAAUGCUUUGGCAAAUAUACUGGGAGAACACGCUAUUGUGACCAGUUCCGACUUGCCGGCACAAUUAGAAGCACUCACCACGAAAGACACGACGGAAAACUCCGACAAAAACGAAGCGAGUACAAGCAAAAGCUGAAGAAUUAUCAUGUGACAAACGGCAGUUUUUAAACAAUUAGUCCAAAAGACUAAGCAAGGAGGGAAGUACAAGUAUUUAUUUCGCAAAUUAGUUUCGUUAAGUGUUCAACACGUAAUCUCCGUUUUUAAGGCCUAGAAUACUCAGUCUUAGGUAUCAUAUACCUCUCGUAGUCAAUUAUAAAGGAAUUCAAACUAAUUUGGAUCUGGACCGUUGAUCUGUUGCUUGCAUAAAAAACUGUAGUCCAAGGCUAAUGCAAAACUUUAUUAAUCAAAAUUUUCGAAUAGGGACUAAUCUGGCCAAUUGGGCUACACGUUUUAUUUAUAAGAUAGGCCUGAUUUAUUUAUUUAGCAACGAUACUUGUGAUAUUAUUUAUUUCAAAAGUAACUAGUGUUAGUGUGAUAGUUGUUUUCUUGUUAAUUUAUUUUCUUAUUUAAUACGCUGAAAUUAAGCGUUUCGGGGGACGGAAUCUUGUUGUAUACUGCUCAAAUCGUAAUUGAAGAGCAGUGCACCUAGUCAUUAAAAUUAUCGCAUCAAAAUUGUCAAUACUAUAUUUGUAUAGAAACACAAUAAAUUCAUUGAA